UACGCGCACGCACACCGGACGCAGCACGACGUGGUACGACCGCGCCGACCAGGACCGCGAGAGACCACGACACCGCGACACACCGCGCGACCGACGGUUUUUCGUCCGGUGGAAAAGAUUUCCAGUCGAACCGACGCACUCGUGGACUGCGGCCGAACACCCUCUCCCCGGACCGACUGCGACUGCGACGACGACGAGAUUAUAUUAUUAUCAUAAUAAUUAACACGUUUUGUUUUUUAUUAUCAUUAUAAUUAUUGUUGUUGUUGUUGUUGUUAUCAUUAUUAUUAUUAUUAUUUUAUACCUGCCGCCGCCGCCGUCCUCUGACCGCUAUUUUUCCUGGGACUUUGAGGCACCACUGCGAUGUAUUUUACAUAAUACGUUAUACGAGUAUAUAUAAAAAUAUUUUAAUUUUUUUUUUUUUUUUUUUUUUAAUACGUUUUUCUCGUUAUCGUCGUAUAUACCGUACAGUCGGUUCCGGUGGCCAAUCGCCGCGGGAAAAAAUAAACCAGGCAAACCGCGACCCAUUAUAAUAAUAAAAUAUUUCGAAAAAAUAUCGAUUUUCCAAACGAAACUCGCAACGGUCUUUGCCUCUAAUCACCGCCGACACGUUAUCGCGGAGUGGUGCAGGUGGUGGUCGUCGUUUCAAAAUAUACAAAUUAAUGUAUAUAUAAUAUUAUCCGAGAUAUACGAUAAACGCGAGCGUGUCGUUGCAAAGCCGGCUCCUGCGACUUAAUCCGAGGCGAUAAAUAUUCACAUUGUCGAUGUUUAACCGAUUCGUACGUAACGAGAUGUCCGUCGUGAUUUUGUGCAGGGCGCGGACGCGAUGGCUCACGAAUUGAUGGCACCCGUCGGCCGCGAUGCUACCCGUAUCCAUACAGAUGCGCAUCCUGUGGACGUUCGCGAUGGGCACCGUGUUCGUGGUGCUGUUACAGUACCAGACGUCCGGCGCCUGGUCCCCGCAACAGGGUCAACCGGCGGCCCGCCCGGACUUGAUGGCCGAGAACCUGGUGUCGAUGGCCAUGUCCAAAGUCGUGGUGGACGAGGACGCGGGCGUCUCCAGGGACUUGCUGAUGGGCAUCUCCCGGCAGAUCGCCAGGUACGUAGUGUACAGCGCCAGUUGCAGCGGCGUCGGCGGCGGCGGCUAUAGCAUCGGCUCCGGGGCUGCCGUCGCCGAGACGAACACCGUUUACGUCAUCACGCCCACGUACCGGCGGCCCGAGCAGAUAGCCGAUCUCACUAGACUGGCUCAGACGCUCAUGCUGGUCAGGGACAUACACUGGCUGGUCGUCGAGGACUCCAACACCAAAUCGCCGCACCUGGCUGUCCUGCUCCAGUCGUUUGGCGUCAGAUACAACCAUUUGAUCGCACCAAUGCCGGAAAGAUUUAAGAAAAUCCGUGGUGCCAAGCCCAAAGGUGUGGCAAAUCGAAAUCGAGGUCUAAAAUGGAUCAGACAGAACGCCGUCGAAGGUGUAGUGUAUUUCGCCGACGAUGAUAACACUUAUGACGUCAGAUUGUUCAAUGAGAUGCGUAAUACGCAAAAAGUAUCCAUGUGGCCAGUAGGAUUAUGCACAAAGACUGGUAUAAGUACACCAAUUGUGAAGAAUGGAGAAUUAAUUGGGUUUUACGAUGGCUGGAUCGCAGGCAGAAAGUUUCCAGUCGAUAUGGCUGGGUUCGCAGUUAGCGUCAAAUUCCUACUAGAAAGGCCCGAUGCUCAAAUGCCUUACAAGCCAGGAUUCGAAGAAGAUGGGUUUUUAAGGACCUUAGCUCCUUUUGAACCUCAUCAAAUUGAAUUAAAAGCAGAUAAUUGCACAAAAAUAUUAGUGUGGCACACUCAAACGAAGAAGAAUGAACCAUCGCUGAAAGUGGACAAGAAAAAAUAUAAUAACACAAAUAUACUCCACUUAAAGGACAUCAUAGUCUGACACACUAAAGCCAUCGCAGUCAAAGGAUUUUCGUUAGAAACCGUUUUUUUUUUUUUAUAUUGUAUAUACCUAUGCUAUGUCGUGUCACGUACAAUUUGUUUUUGCCGUGAUCUUGGGUUUUUCUCAAUAUCACGGUUUUUGAUUAGUAUAACUUUUCCGGACAUAAUGAUUUCGUCUUUCCUUAUUAUCUUUUUACUGUUUGCGCCUCAAUUUCUGUAGAUACAUUUCGUAAUUAAAAGUACCUAUUGUUUAUAAGUUAUAUGUACAUUAUUAUUAUUAUUAUU